CCAACUAUAGGGAAAUUGUUUUUUACGAGCUUUUCACAGAAUUUGUUAGUAAAAUUAAUAAGCCCCAGGCUUACUAUCACAGCCUGCCUUGUACCUGCAUUGUCCGUUAACAGAAAGAGAGGUCUACCAAAAUGGCCAGGAUUUGCAAAAGGCACGCUAAGAGAGUCUGUGUGAUAACCUCUCUGAUGGUGGUAACUCUUCUAAUAAUUCUGCUUUAUCAAUCUGAAAGUUUCAAGGACUCUGACCUCACACAUCUUCAAGCCGAUAUCAGAAACUAUCAACAUCACCUAAAGUCCUUAGGUGGAAGUUCCCCACAUGUUCACAGUUUUCAAAAAUGUGAAAAAAACAUGUCUGCUGAACAAGUCAAGGACUUCAACUCGUAUCCUCCUAUUGCCAAAGACGUUCUCUACUACCGCCACUGUCGACAUUUUCCAAUGCUGCUGGACAUCCCAGACAAAUGUGGUGGAGCUCAUGGAUCAUCUGAUGUCUUCCUUUUACUGGUCAUCAAAAGUCCAGCCGUUAACUAUGACCGGAGAGAGGUGUUGCGCAAGACCUGGGCGGAGGAGAGAUUGUCAAAUGGAAAGUGGAUCCGAAGGGUCUUCAUCUCAGGUACGAUGAGUACCGGUCAUGAAAAGAAGAGACUGAACAAGCUCCUUCAGCUGGAGAAACGCAAAUACAACGAUAUUCUCCAAUGGGAUUUCAAGGAUACCUUUUCCAACCUGACGUUAAAGCAAAUGCUCUUUUUGGAGUGGAUGGAGAGAAACUGCCCACACACUCAGUUUUUGUUUAAUGGUGACGAUGACGUCUUUGCCAGCACAGACAACAUGGUAGUGUAUCUCCAAGGCUUUAAACGUAAUAGUGGGAAGAAACACCUUUUCGCUGGCCAUGUCAUGUAUAAUUUGGAUCCCAUUCGCGAUCCACAGAGUAGAUAUUUUGUUCCAGAAGAGCUCUUUAGGCCCAGUGUGUACCCUCCGUACUGUAGUGGCGGUGGCUUCCUUCUGUCUGGCUACACGGCUAUGGUCAUAUUCAACAAAUCACACUCUAUCCCCCUUCUUCCCAUCGAUGAUGCUUACAUGGGGAUGUGCUUAGCGGAAGCAGGGCUAAGUCCAGAGCAUCAUAUCGGGGUGAGACCUUUUGGACUGCAAGUUAAAGGCAGGAAUGUUGACGAACUUGAGCCUUGCUUCUACAAAGAAAUGCUUGUUGUUCACAGAAUGCUCUCAGCUGACAUGUAUACUAUGUGGCACCGAAUUCAAGAUCCAGAUCUUAAGUGCAUUUUCUCUAAUACCAGUUUUUAAAUCGGUAGAGGUUUUUUUUUUUUUUUCACCACAGCACUCGAGGUGCUAGAGCCGGUGUAGCUACCAGAUCUGCUCAGGUCCUGCGCAUGGCAGGGACGUUAUGACGCUACAUGAUUGGCUAAAUGUUGCCACAUAAUGUAAAGCACUGUGGUUGCCCAGACAACAAUAAUAACAUCACGAAGCAUCCGUUAGCGUGUCUUAUGAAAGAUGACGUUUUAUCUGAUCACUAACAAAUCUGAAAAAAUCUGUUUAUGGUGAACAAAGUAACUGCAGGACCAUGAUAUAAAGGGGGAGAGCUGGGUAGCGCUAGCUGUGCUCAGUAGCUAACAGG